AAUAGAAUGAAGUAAAAGUAAGGGGAAGAACUUAAAAAAAAAGAAAAGAAAAAACACGUUUUCCUAGCAAAGCAAAGACCGCGUCUAUAAAACGCAUGCCUUAGUCUUCUCUUCAUAUUUUGCUCGUAUCAGCUCUUGUCUAACUCUCUCGGUCUUCCUCGGUUCUCUCUCGCGCGGAUCUCUUCUCACCGGGGUUCAUAUCGUACGCCAAAUGACUUUUGACCUCAGUUGGGAACAGUCGCCAUCGAUUCUUUGGUGUGAUUUUGGGUUUACGAACCGUGGGAGGCUGUGGUGUUGUUCUCAAAAAUUCUCUUUUAGGCAUUGGACUUGGCCCGUUUUCCACGCGUCAAGCAUUAUUUGAUCCUUUUUCUUUUUUGGAUUACUUGAUUUGGUUCUGUUGCUUUACCUUUAUUCUUAGCGGAAUCACAAGUUUCUAAUUCACUUGCUCGUGAGUUAACUCAUUUAUUAUUGGGUAUUGGGACUUCAAUUUUGGGACUUUAGUGAUGGGGAAAAACUCUUUGCCACCGGGGUUUCGUUUUCACCCUACUGAUGUUGAAUUAGUUAAGUAUUAUUUGAAGGGGAAAAUUUUGGGCAAGAAGAUUUCUUUCAAUGCCAUUGCUGAGGUUGACAUUUAUAAAUACGCUCCCUGGGAUUUACCAGCUAUGUCGAGUUUAAAAACUGGGGAUCUGAAGUGGUUCUUCUACUGUCCAAUUGAGAAGAAAUACGCCAGAGGGGCUAGGUUGAAUCGUGCUACUGUAUUUGGGUAUUGGAAAACUACUGGAAAGGAUAGGCCUGUUAAGUACAAUGAAGAAGUUGUGGGGAUGAUAAAAACUUUGGUUUUUCACCAAGGUAAAGCUCCACGUGGGGACAGAACAGAUUGGGUAAUGCAUGAAUAUAGACUUGAGGAAAAAGAUUUGGCUGACAGAGGGGUUGUUCAAGAUACAUAUGUGCUUUGUGUUGUUUUCAAGAAGGAUGGUAUGGGCCCAAGAAAUGGUGCCCAAUAUGGAGCACCAUUUAAGGAGGAGGAUUGGAGUGAUGAUGAGGAUAAAAAUUUGCCUGUGACUGGCUCUCUUUCCAGUAUGUCAAUGCUAGCCAUUGGUGGUGCUAGUAGCUCAUGUGUCCCUGAGAGCCUAUGUGCUGGACCAUCUGUUGAAUCAAGUGGGUUGUACACUCUACCUCUGGUGGUUCAUGCUAAUGCUGCUGUUAGUGUUACCGCUGAUAUUGAUAGUAAUGCUUAUGCCGCCCCUAUAUGCAUGGAUGCUCCCCAAGUUCCAGUGGUUGCCAAUGCUAUGGCUGUUCCUGCAUUGAUGGAGGCUCCUCAACUUGCCCAGGUUCCUCAAGUUCAAGAAUCAAAUGAUAACAUUUUAUCAAUGUUGGAGAACUUCAUUGAAGAUGAGGCAUUUAUUACAUAUGACAGAGGUCAAAUGACUGGUAAUGCUAAUGAUUCUUUCUUCCAGGCUCCUCAAGUUUCUGAUGAUGAUGAUAUCACAUUCAUGUUGGCACCCUUCACGGAAGAAAGCGAUUUGAACAAUGUUUUAUAUCCCUUUGAAUAAGAUGUCAUAAGAUAUAUACUUUUAACUAUUGAAACAGCUAGUCUGCAUUUGGGCAAUGUUUUUAGACGAGUUCUUGUAUUAUUAGGAACAAGUUUUUCAAUUGUGUUGCUGCUGUUUGGUUUACCAU